AUGGGCGGUGGUAAUUUGGCGGUCGUCUCCAAUCUUCCAGCGAUGCCUAAUAAAUCGUCUGCAACCAACUUCCUCUUAAAGUCUGGGAACCAGGGCUCAGAGAGUAGACAGACAGUAACUACACUGGUGGCAGCGUCGGUCGACAUCCCUCCCUUCAAAGAAGGCACUGAUUUUGAUGACUGGCUUUUCUUUACAAAGGCAGAUCUCGAACUCUACGAGCUUGCUCCCUGCCCUGCUACUCCGCGCCUUGCCCUAUGA